AUUAUAUCUAUGCUCUUAUAUCGCGUCCUGCGAGCGUGUCCAACUUCACGUGUGGUUAUGUCUUUUAUUUACAUUUUAAGUAGACGUAUAAAAGUAUAACAUAAAUAUUCGUGAUUUCGAAUUAAUAGUCUUAUUAAAUGGAGGGUUCUACGAGCAGCGAGAGUGCCUCGAGCACUCAAGCUCCUGCGCGUGGCGAAAGGAGAACUCGAGGCUCGAGGCAAAAGGCUGUAGAUAAUUUGAGCAAAAAAUUUCUGCGAAACUUCGAUCCGGAACGCAGCGAGCGAGAGAAACGUAAGCUGUAUCGUCGAUUAUAUCACAGCCACAGGAAGCAUUUGUACGACGAGAAGGGUACCUUCAUGAAAACGUCGAAUGAUCUUUGCGAUUGCUUGAGCUUAGAAUGCCCCGGAUGUCACUUUCCAUGUCCCAAGUGCUCCUCUCCAAAGUGCGGUCAUGAAUGCAGGAAUAAUCGCAAAUGGACCUAUGACAGUAUUCAUUGCGAAGGAACUGAUACUGUGAUAAAGAAUCCAUUGUUGAAAGAGCCCGAAGCAAAAUGAGAGUAUACAAUAAUUAAUCUAUGACAAUUGUGACAUCUACAAGUAUCUUUAUAUAAAAUAUCCUCAACAGAUGCUGAAUUUUUAUUAUUAUCUCUUAUUAAAGUAUAGUUGUAUGGUAAAUAAAAAUGAAUUUAUAAUAAGCGAGAGUUUGAAAUGUAUAGCAC